CAUAUAUAACAUAUAUAUAAGCUCUUUCAAUUAAGAGUCCUUCACAACUUGUCUCUAUAUAUAAAUUCUUCCCUCUCAACCUUAUCUUGCAGAGAUUACACCACUUUUUAGGCCCAAAAAAUGGUUUCAGUUUUGAGCAAGCCACAGAACCUGUUGUCCAAAAUGGCAACCAACAGUGGACAUGGCGAAGACUCGCCUUACUUUGAUGGUUGGAAGGCGUAUGACAGUGAUCCGUAUCAUCCUACUCGCAAUCCUAAUGGGGUUAUUCAGAUGGGUCUUGCAGAAAACCCGCUUUCCUUUGAUUUGAUUCAAAGGUGGAUUGUGAAUAAUCCGCAAGCCUCAAUCUGUACGGUUGAAGGAGCGAAUGACUUCAAGGACAUUGCUAUAUAUCAGGAUUAUCAUGGCUUGCCAGAGUUCAGAAAUGCAAUCGCGAAGUUUAUGGGAAAAGUGAGAGGAGAAAGAGUCACAUUCGACCCUGACCGUAUUGUUAUGAGUGGUGGAGCAACUGGAGCUCAUGAAAUGAUGGCCUUCUGUUUGGCUGAUCCUGGUGAUGCAUUUUUGGUACCCACACCAUAUUAUGCAGGAUUUGAUCGAGAUUUGAGGUGGCGAACAGGGCUGCAACUUGUUCCGGUUGAAUGCAAGAGCUCUGACAACUUCAAAGUCACCAAAACAGCCUUGGAAGUGGCAUAUCAGAAAGCUCAAGACGAUAACGUCAGAGUAAAAGGCUUGCUCAUAACCAAUCCUUCAAACCCAUUGGGGACUGUCUUGGACAGAGAGACACUGAGAGAUAUAGUGAGCUUCGUCAAUGAGAAAAGCAUCCACCUAGUCUCUGAUGAGAUAUAUGCUGCCACAGUCUUCAACCAGCCUGGCUUCAUUAGCAUUGCUGAGAUAAUAGAGGAAGACUUGGAAUGCAAUCGCGAUCUUAUUCACAUUGUUUAUAGUCUCUCAAAAGAUUUGGGCUUCCCCGGCUUCAGGGUUGGUGUUGUGUACUCAUACAACGAUGCAGUAGUUAAUUGUGCUCGGAAGAUGUCAAGUUUUGGACUUGUUUCCACACAAACUCAACACCUAAUUGCAUCAAUGCUCCUGGAUGAUGGUUUUGUUGAGAACUUUAUCGCUGAGAGCGCUGAGAGGCUAGGUAGAAGGCAUGAGGCCUUCACAAAGGGGCUAGCUAGAGUAGGCAUUGGUAGUUUGAACAGCAAUGCCGGGCUCUUUUUUUGGAUGGACCUUCGAAGACUCCUCCAAGAGCCAACUGUUGAAGCUGAGAUGAAACUUUGGCGUGUGAUAAUCAAUGAAGUUAAGCUCAAUGUGUCACCUGGCUCUUCUUUCCACUGCUCAGAGCCUGGUUGGUUCAGAGUUUGCUUCGCGAACAUGGAUGAUGAAACCAUGAAAGUUUCGCUAAGAAGGAUAAGGCACUUUGUGCUUAAAACCAAACAAGUGGAGGCAGCUCCUAAGAGGCAAUAUUUGCUAAGCAAUCUUCAAGUCAGCUUAUCAUUCCGAAGGUUGGAUGAUAUCUUCAUGGCACCGAAUAUGAUGUCCCCUCACUCCCCUAUUUCUUCACCCCUUGUUCGCGCUAUAACUUAGAUUAUUAAUAGUACAAAUAACACCUCACAUCAUUAGAUACUACUUAAUAAAAAAUUGAUGCAUUCUUUCCUGUGUUUAGUGUACUACUUAGAAAUACAGUGACUUUGCAUCGUCAAAUAUACCAUUAAACCUUUUUUUUUUUCCUAUAUAAAUGACUGGGAUCAUGCCCCUAUUUGUUGGAUGCAGACUGCAUUCAUUGGGAUUUAUAUAGGUUCAAGCAAACCUCUUGUUUUUCUGUUUCUCAAGUGAGCCUUAUUUUAUUUUAUUAUUAUUUUUUUUAAUUCAGUCCUUAAAUUGUAAGUGGUAUUGGCAAUAAAUAAAGUUCCAUUUCUUUUCUAUUAUAUCUCAGUUCAUUGUGCAAGCUCAUUCCUAUUCAAAACACU